AGCAGCUGUUGUUGUGGGCGUUCAAAAACUAGGGAAGGAAAGGGAUGCAUCAUGCCCAGGAGCAGCAACAACCAUCACCUCGAUGGCUCUCGCACAUGUCAGCAGCACCCGCCUAAUCACGCUCUUAGCUUGGCAUUCCGUCUAAGUUCGAGCCGGAUCUAACGAGCCGCAGGCAUAGCAUACGAUUUGGUUUCUAACUCCAGCUCAGUUGUUCAACGACGAUUGUGUCAGAGGCUGCGCGCCUCCUCUUGUCGUUCCCAAGUUAGGGAUUAAUAAUUAUCAACUGGGCCCUGCUCUUCCCAUCAGAAAAUUAAACCAUCGACUUGAGUUAUUAUUCAGCAAAUAACACUGCGUCGUGAAACCCGGCGGAUCUCGUGCUGGGAGUGACUGUUUGAUCCAUGGGAAAGCUAAGCCCAGUGGGACCGAAGCUCGGUUCUAGUUACUACGGUGCGCAGCGGGAGGUCGUUCGACCGCAGCUGUUAUCUCCAGGAGCUUAUCAGGCCUCGUCGCCGCUCCCCUCGUUGCGCUGUUGCCACGCCAGCCAUGUAUCUUCCGCCAUUCCCGUCCCGCCGCGGUCCACGUCAGCAACAGCGGCCAAUCAGGGCGAUCCACGUGGCAGCGGCCGCAAGAAACUGCGCCCGUGUCUCUCCGCCCCGCCCCUGUACAUAUCCUCCUUUUUCUAUACGAACGUAACCCCCCUGCGCGCCGCCCGCUCGCCUUCCGCCGGCUCUCCCAGUUCCGCGCACUCCCCCGGUUCCCCACCAUUCCCCCGCGCCUCCUCCGCCUCCUCCUCCGCUUCUUCCGCCAGCCGCAAGCAUCGGCAAUCCCUGCCGAGCCAGCGCCUGCCCCCGCUUCUCCCCGCUUCCCCGCUUCAUUCUUCCGCCUCUUCCGCCUCCUCCCCGCCGUCGUCCCCGUUCCUCUCCCGCUCCCCCAAUUUCCUCCCCCGAUCUUCGUCACUCUCCUCCGCUUCCUCCCUCCCCUCUCCUCCCUCCCUCUCCUCCCCAUCCUCUCUCUCCUCCCCCCCCGCGCUCACCUCUCCGCUCUCUACCCGUCCGCGGACGUCCUCCGGCAAGACUGCCGGCGGACCAAACGGCGCCGGCAAAGUGGAAGCGCGCGCCCUGCGCUCGGGGCUUUCGACGGCUGGCCGGCGGUCGCGCGGCCGGCAGCCGGCAGACGACGAGGAGGAAUACUUUUAUUUUCUGCCCGACGUUGAGGACGAGUGGGAGGAGGAAGAGGCGGUGCAGAGGCACAGGCGCGAGGGGCAGCGCUGGCGGGGGGAUCUCGGCGGGGAGGCGCAGGGAAAGGGCGCGGAGGCGGAGCGCGGGGAGCGGGGAGCGCCCCCCGGGUACGGGAGUGGAUCUGGGGGUGAGAGCCUGUAUGGCAGCAGCGGCAGUGGCGGCGUUAUUGGCGGCGGUUUUGGCGGUGCGGAUGGCUUGAGUAGCUAUGGACCGUACCAGGAGUUACAUCACCACACGUUUCAUCAGCCGUUACAGUAUCAACAGCAUCCGCAGCCGCAGCCACAGAACUGGUACCCGUACGACCCUCUCGGUUCACAACAACCGGCUCAGCAACAGGCGCAGAAGCAGCAGCAGCAGCAACCAGAGCAGCAGCAGCAACAGCAGGAGCAGCAAUGGCGGCAGCAGCAGCAAACGAACGGCCAGGAGCAGGACUUUCAACGGCAACGGGAGCAGCUAUGGGGGUGGCAGCAGCAGCAGCAAGAGCAGUUAUGGCAGCAACAGCAACAGCAACAGCAACAACAGCAGCAGCAGCAGGCGCAGUGGCAACAAUCGGAGCUGCAGUCAGGGCUGCAGCAGCAGCAGCGGCAGCAGUGGGAGCAACAGCAGGGAGCACAGCAGCAGCAGCAGCAGCAGAAGCAGACGCAGCAGGAUGGUGACGUGGCAGGGCAAGCAUUGCAAGAUCAUGAUCAACAGCGCCACGUCAGCAGCCGCUCCCAGGAGCAUAAGCACCACCAUCACCACCACCAUAAUCAUAGUCAUAAACACGGGCACGGGCACGGGUAUGCGCAUGCGCAUGGGCAUGGAAGUGAGCAGGAGAGAGGGAAUGAGAAGGGGCGUGGGCACGGGCACGGGCACGGGCAUGGGCAUGGACAUGGGCAAGAGAAAGGCAAGACUGUUUCUGGGCCUCGGUUGCCCCUUUCUCAGGCUCAGGCGCAGCGGCAGGUGGCGCAGUGGGCGGUGAGGGCGCUGAGAGCGGUCAAGGACAACAUGGUUCUCUCGCUGCCGCCCGAGUCGCUCAUCCUCGUCGUCUCGUGCCUCGUGGGCGUGCUCACAGGCUCGUCAGUCGUCUUAUUUAAUGACACGGUGCACAUCAUCCGAGACACGCUCUUCCAGAACGUUCCGCACGAGGAGGGCUCUGCGUGGCUGAGGGACCAAUCAGCGGCCGACGUGUGGCACCUCUUCCUGGUGCCCCUGGCGGGCGGCAUUGCUGUCGGCAUACUCAACGCUCUGAGGUCCGGGCUCAAGGACACCGCCCCCACCCGCACCCAGAAGCAGCAGCAGCAGCAGGAACGGUUACGGAGGGAGGAGGAGGGGAGGGAGGAUGAGGGUGGAAAGACACAGAAGAAAAACCCCAAGCAGUUAGGCCUUUCCGUCCCAUUCCUCACCCCGGACGACCUCACCGAGCUUAACCGCAAGGCUCGGGCCGUGGCUCGGCCGGUCCUGAAGGCCCUGGCAGCAGCAGUCACCCUCGGCACGGGCAACAGCCUGGGGCCUGAGGGCCCGAGUGUGGAGAUCGGGUCGAGCAUCGGGAAGGCGACAGGAAGCAUCGUGCGCGGCAGCCGGGAGCGCACGAUCGCUCUCGUCGCGGCAGGCUCGGCUGCGGGUAUCGCGUCGGGGUUCAACGCGGCGGUGGCGGGGUGCUUCUUCGCGUUGGAGUCGGUGCUCCGGUCGUCCACGCAGGGGUCUCCUGCGAGCCUGACCACUGCGAUGAUCCUCCUGUCGUCGGUGCUGGCCGCGGUGGUGUCACAGGCCGGGCUGGGCGCCGACCCGGCUAUCCACGUACCGUUGUACGAGCUGAGAUCGCCGGCCGAGCUGCCUCUGUAUUUACUCCUCGGGCUGUGCUGCGGAGGGGUGUCGAUCGCGCUCACGCGCUCGGCGUCCUUCUUCUCGUCCAUGUUUGAUAACUUGGAGGCCAACACGCACGUGCCGCCCGUGCUGCUGCCAGCGAUUGGCGGGCUGGGGAUCGGGGUGAUCUCGCUGGUCUACCCCGAAGUCCUCUAUUGGGGUUUUCAGAACGUCAAUGACCUCAUCACGUCACACCCGCUGGUCGCUUCCCCUGCGCCGGGCUUCCUCCUGCAACUCGUCGUGGUCAAGGUCCUCGCCACUGCCUUCUGUCGCGGCUCUCGCCUCGUGGGCGGCUUCUACGCGCCGUCGCUCUUCAUAGGGGCGGCACUGGGGGCGGCGUACGGGCGGCUGGCGAGCGACCUCCUGGCGUUCAUUGACCCGGACCUCACGUUCACGUGGAUCCAAGUGGCCGCUCCCCAGGCCUACGCCAUGGUGGGCAUGGCGGCUACUCUAGCUGGAGUGUGUCAAGUGCCCCUCACCUCCGUGCUCCUUCUAUUCGAGCUCACCCGAGACUACCGCAUCAUCCUGCCACUCAUGGCUGCAGUCGGCAUCUCCUCCUGGCUCGCCUCCACUGCUGCCAGAAAGCCCCGCCGCCCCAAACCUGGCGGCGUCACCGUCUUUGCUCCCUCCAACUCGCCGUCCUCCUCUUCCUUCUCUUCUUCCUCCUCCUCUACUUCCUACCCUUCCUCCCCCUACCCCUCUUCCUCCUACCCUCCCUCCUCCUACCCCGGUUCUCUCUCCCCGUCGUUCUCGCCUAUUCUCGCGCCGGCGCCUGUCCCCCCCUCGCCGCUGUUCUAUGCCGGAACAGCCAACGCUGCCCCGUUUGCUCCUGGCGCUGCUGCUGUUGCUCCUCCUCCUCCUCUUCCUCCAUACACACCGUCUCAACUCCCUGGUCCUUAUCCUGGGUCGCUCUAUCCGGGGACUACUUAUUCUGGGCCGGAACCGUGGAUGGGUGGAGGAGGUGGGGAGGGGAUGGGGAGGGAUGCCAGAGGCGGGGAGAUAGGAGGAAGAGAAUGGGUUGGUAAUGGUGAUGGUGGUGGUGGUGGUAAGGAGGGGGCUGAUGUUCCCUACUCGAAUCCCUCUGCUGCUGCUGCUGCUUCUGCUGCUGCUUCUGCUGCCUCCUUUUCUUCACCUCCGGGGUACAGGGAACCAGGCUCUGCUGCGUACGGCGCACCCAGCUCUGCUGCAUAUGGUUCGCACAGUUCUGCCGGGUACGGUUUGGCCACUUCUGCUGCCUACGGUUCGAUGUCUCAACCGUAUGUUCGGGUGGGGGCGGAUGACGAUCACUUCUGGUCCCCUGGAGCCCCUGCAGAGGCAGAAGGGGUAGAACAGCAGCAACAGCAGCAGCAGCAGCAGCAGUGGCUUCCUGCCUCGCAUCUCUCCUCCCCACACUCCUCCCCUCUCUCCUCCCCUCCUUCCUCCCCCAAGCGUAAUACGCUCUCCAAGGCUCCUUCCUCUGGGCCCAAGGUGGCCAGUGCAGCAGCAGCAGCUGCAACCGCAGCCGCAGCAGCGGCAACUGCAGCAGCGGCAGCAGCAGCAGCGGCGUCCAGUGCCCAGGAGAAGGCGUAUGACAAUCCCGAUGCUUCUUCAUUUAUGCCGGAGCUAGACCUAGCUGCGGAAGUGGCUGCCGAAGCUGCGGGUGUGGCCGCCGAAGCUGCAGCCACGGCUGCCGAAGCUGCUGUCGAAGCAGCGGCAGAAGCAGCUGAAGCUGAUAAUGCCGCUGCGCUUUCGCCAACAGAUGACAAUGCUGCUCCUUCCCCUCCUGCUGCUCCUGCUGCCACCACAGCAGCCAACCCUCUAGUGCCAGCUGUUAUCCUGGACGUUGCAGGUGGAGCGGGAGGAGUGGUGUCUCCAGGGGGUUUUUCAGGUGGUUCAGCAGAGUCUAACGCUACUGUGAUUGUGCUGGAGAGGGCAAGUGGCCUAGUGCCUGACCCGGUACCCCCUCGUCCUCUCACUUCUUCCUCCCCAGCCACUACUCAAGGCCCUUCUGCUUCUGCUCCGCUUGGUGCCCCUUCGGAAGCGGAGGCAGCUCAGGCUGAUGCAGCAGCAGCAGGAGUGGCAGCAGCAGCAGCUGUGGCGGCGGCAGCAGCAGCUUCGGUGGUGGUAGAUGCAGCUUCGGCGUCAGCAGCAACAGCAGCUGCUGGCGCCACAGGGGCAAGUGACAGUUCAUUGGAAGCAGGGUCUACUGAAGUGGAUGCCAGCUUGAAUCAAAGACAUUCAGCAGCGGCAGCAGCAGUGGCAGCAGCAGCAGCACCAUUGGAAGUUGAGGUGCCAGGGGCAAGCAGUGAUGGGCUCUCACAAGAGACCCCACCUGCUGUCUCCCCCUCUCCUUCUCUCGACCUCCCACCCACAGACCUCCCUCCUUUGAGAAUCCCCGCCCCCUCGUCAACUUCCUCCCCUCACUCUCCCCGUUCUCCCACCAACCCCCAACAAGGCUUCAUGCCCCCCUCCCAGCCUAGUUCCCCUCCUCCCGCCCCGCCCUCUUCCCCUUCUUUCGCACCUCUCCCCCCCCUCCUCCCCUCGUUGUGGUCUCGCGAGACGACGGGGUCUCUUUAGACGUGCGGGACGGGGUGUUUUUAGAGGAGCAGCUCUUAGAGGAGCUACCGGUGGCAGUGGCGAUGAACACGUCCUUCGCAGCAGUGAGGGUGGGAGCCAUGGUGCGGGACGCUGUAGCAGCCAUGGUGGCGCACAGGCAGUGGUGCUGCCUGGUGCUGCAGGACGGGGGGUACCUGCACGGGUUGCUCACUCUUGUGGAUGUACAGGAGGAGGCGGAGAGGCAGUUGACUGCGGGCGGUGCUGCUGGUGAUGUGGAGUCCCUUCCGGUCGUUGCCAUCUGCCACCAGCAUCCAGACUCUGAAGCCUACCUCCGCUUCCCUUCAGGCUCAGACUCUUCGCUGGAUGUGCAUGGGCAUGGGCAUGGGCAUGGGCAUGGGCAUGGGCGUGGCCACUCCUCCUCCUCUUCCCCCUCCUCCUCCUCCUCUUCUUCCACUUCCGGUUCUGCUUCGGGCAUUGCCGCCCGGGGCCGGGCGUCAGAGGACAUAGAGGUGACCUUUCCGGAUACCACGCUGCGGGCGGCGCGCGACCGCAUGACGGCUCGCGGGCUUCGGCAGCUUCCUGUGGUGCUUCGGGAGGAUGUGACAGUGAGGAGGGAGAGGGUGGGGGGCAAUGCUUCGGGGAGUGGUGGCAGCAGUGGGAGUGAGAGUGCUGGUUACAGCAGCAGCAGCAGCAGCAGCAGCAGCAGCAGCAGCGGGAGUGGGAGUGAGAGUGAGAGUGGGAGCGAGAGAGAAGAAGAUGGUUCUACGGAUGAGGAGAGUGGUUCUGAUGCUGAUGACCGCAAUGCCGAUGAUGGCGAUGAUCGCGUGGCGCCUGUAGUGCGACUGCGGGUGCUGGGAUUGGUGGAUCGAGACGACAUCUCUCUAGCUUGCAGGGCGGAGGCCACUCGGCGCCUGCUCUCAGCUCUCCCUCGGGAUUCCCAUUCCUCUGGCAGAGACAACGGGGGUGCGGGCAUGCAGCAAUUGGACAGUUCUCUCUUCCCAGCUGCCUGACAACCUUCCAUCUGUGUUACUUCCGCUGCUGCUCGCCCAGUCACAUGGCCCAUUACUCUGGUCGACAGUGGGGAUGUGGCCAUGCAGCAGCUGGGCAGCUCCCUCUUCCCAGCUGCCUGACACUGUCAGCUGCUUAUAAGUUAUGGUUGUAGCCACAUGCUAGGUUGAGAAUAACACCUCGUGAUGGUUAUUGCAUAACCCAUAUGUAAAAUGCGGUGGCGUGUAAAGCUCAGAAGAAACGUUGUCCAUGAUUGAAAGGUGGUCAGAUGAGGUGAAGAGUAUGUCUAAAAGUUCGAGGUGCCUAGAUGUUCUGUACCAUACCCUUGAAUGGUUGUCUAGGUUUCCUGGUUCAGGCUUGAGGGUGGGUAGGUACCAUAGACUUGAAUGGUUGUCUAGGGGUGAGCACUUGGGCUCGUGAUGGUUAUUCAUGCA